CGAUUCGCAUGGCGCUUGGCGACUUGUUUACGGUGUGGGUUAGGCCGCAGCCUCGGGCUCUGUUAGCCGCUCCGCCCCUUCCUCGCUCCUCCUUCGUACGGCUGGCUUGUUAUGGGGAACGGCUGACAGGGUGCCGGCCGGAGCCAUGUACUCCCCGCAGCGCCGGGACUUUAUGUCCGUGACGCUCAUCCAGGCGGAAGGGGGAGGCGGAUAUAACAACAGCAAGAACUGGAGAAGGAGGUCCUGCUGGCGGAAAUGGAAGCAGCUGUCCAGGUUCCAGCGCGCCGUCAUCCUUUCGCUCUGUGCCCUGCUUGCCGUCGGCGGGUUGGUGUCGUUCUCCAAUCUGGGGGAGCACUGGAGAACCCUGACAAAGCAGCUGGAGGAGCGUUAUGAAGCGGACAUGCCGGGGUUAAACCCUGCCCAUCAAGCUGCGCUACCGGCACCCAAGAGAGCUGAGGACACGGACCAGAAAUUACCGAAGCCGCCGCUUCAGAAACCAAGGAGACCGAAUAAACGGGGUCCUCCCAACUUAAACCCGCAUCCUACGCCCAGCCAAAUAGCUGAAGACAACGAGCAGAGGCCGGAUCAAGUAGAGGUGAACCAGCCUGUCAUCAGCUGGCGAGGAGCUGUCAUAGAACCCGUCCAAGCGUCCGAAGCGCCCCCGAAUAAAGUGCAAGAACAGACUAAGGCAGCCCCUCAAGAUAUCGCAGACCAAAAGGAUCCAGUGCCUGUCAAUGAGCGCCAGGAGGCUGUGAUAGAAGCGUUCCGGCACGCUUGGAAAGGGUACAAAGACUUCGCCUGGGGUCACGAUGAGCUAAAGCCCAUCUCCAAGUCCUUCAACGAGUGGUUUGGUCUGGGGCUCACGCUUAUCGACGCCCUGGACAGCAUGUGGAUUAUGGGCCUAAAAGAUGAGUUUGAAGAAGCCAAAGACUGGGUGGCCACCAAGCUGACCUUCGAUAAAAAUGUUGAUGUCAACCUGUUUGAGAGCACAAUCCGGAUCCUGGGGGGACUUCUAAGCACGUACCACCUGACCAAGGACUCGCUGUUCCUGGACAAAGCUACAGACAUCGGCACCCGCCUGCUUCCAGCGUUCAACACCCCGUCUAAGGUGCCUUUCUCUGAUGUGAACAUCGGCCGAGGUACAGCCCACCCGCCGCGUUGGACGUCCGACAGCACGGUGGCCGAAGUGACCAGCGUCCAGCUGGAGUUCAGGGAGCUGUCUCGCGUCACAGGGGAUGACCGGUACCAGAAAGCGGUUGACCAGGUGACCCAGCACGUGCGCGGCCUCUCGGGGAAACGCGACGGACUGGUGCCCAUGUUCAUCAACACAAACAGUGGGCAGUUCACCCACCUCGGGGUGUUUACUCUUGGAGCCCGAGCCGAUAGCUACUACGAGUAUUUGCUCAAGCAGUGGAUCCAGAGCGGGAAGAAAGAGAACACGUUUUUGGAAGAUUAUAUGCAGGCGAUUGAAGGCGUUAAGAAAAACCUGCUGCGAAAGUCUGAGCCCAGUCAGCUGACGUUUGUCGGGGAGCUGUCUCACGGACACUUUAGUCCCAAGAUGGAUCACUUGGUUUGCUUUCUUCCGGGGACCUUAGCCCUGGGAGCCCACAACGGCAUAACGGCCGAUCACAUGGAAAUCGCCGCUGCCCUGAUGGACACCUGUUACCAGAUGUACAAGCAGAUGGAGACCGGCCUGAGCCCCGAGAUAUCGCACUUCUUUCUACAUGCGCAGAAAGGCUCUAAAGAUAUAGAUGUCAAGCCUGCUGACCGGCACAAUCUCCUACGGCCCGAGACGGUGGAGAGCCUCUUCUAUCUGUACCGGUUCACCGGAGACACAAAGUAUCAGGACUGGGGCUGGGAGAUCCUUCAGAACUUCAACAAGUACACUCGGGUCCCUACCGGUGGCUUCACCUCCAUUAACAACGUGCAGAGUCCAAGCCACCCAGAGCCGAGGGACAAAAUGGAGAGCUUCUUCCUCGGGGAGACCCUCAAGUAUUUAUUCCUGCUCUUCUCAGACGACGUGGACCUCCUUAACUUGGACAAGUACGUCUUCAACACGGAGGCUCACCCGCUCCCUAUCUGGACAUCUUAAUCUUACCCGUCCCGGUGAUGUCGUCCGCCAAAUCCCCUCCCCCCCCACGGGAUCCGAUUCUUUCACAGCUGCUGUUACAAUACUGACAUUUUCAUGAUAUUCCUGUAUUUUUAAUACCAUAACGAGCGAGAAACAUUGUAGCGUCAAACCCAAGCCUCUCCUCUCUGCUCUAAGCGCGUCUCAAUGACUUGGGCGCGAGCGGCUGGUCUGGGACGGAGAGCUCCGGCUUGAAGUAGCCUUUGGGCUCGUAUAGAGCUCUCUCCCGCCCCAUGGAGGACGACGACCAUCAAGUGCAAGAAUUUAACCUCCUUGCUCCUGAGAUCGGCCUGCU